AUGCCACCGCUGGAUAAGAGGAUCAAGAAGUUUUUAAAGGACUCCAUUAGAAUAGCACCUAAAAUUUCCAGUAAGGGUGAAUUGGGUGAAUUACGAACCGGCCUAGUCUCUCAAUACCCGCAAACUCGGAAAGAUGCCAUUAAAAAAACUAUUCAACAAAUGACAUUAGGGAAAGAUGUAUCUUCACUGUUUCCUGACGUCUUAAAGAACAUUGCCACGAUUGAUGUUGAACAGAAAAAACUGGUUUACCUUUAUGUGAUGAACUAUGCCGAAACACACCCCGAGUUAUGUAUCCUUGCCGUCAAUACAUUUAUUACCGAUGCGCAGGAUCCCAAUCCCUUAAUUCGUUGUCUGGCAAUUAGAACAAUGUCAAUGAUAAGAGUGGAGAAAAUUUUAGAAUACAUUGAAACCCCUCUUCGUCGUACUUUGCAUGAUGAUAAUGCUUAUGUCAGGAAAACUGCUGUGAUAUGUGUUGCAAAACUUUUCCAAUUAAACAAGGAACUAUGUGUCGAGCUAGGUGUUCUUGAAGAUUUGGUUAAUGCCCUAGAUGAUUCGAACCCUUUGGUCAUUGCAAACGCAACAGCUGCAUUAAUAGAGAUUCACAAUAUGGACAUGAAUGCUGUCAAACUUUCAAGUUUGAUUCAAUCGCACGUGUCACAAUUUCUACUGGCGUUGAAUGAAUGUACCGAAUGGGCGAGAAUCACUAUAUUGAGUACACUGUCUGAAUAUUCGGCGAAGGAUUCGCUAGAAGCACAGGAUAUCAUUGACAGAGUAACCGCUCAUUUACAACACGUCAACCCAGCGGUUGUCUUGGCAACUAUAAAAGUGAUCGUAAGAAACUUACCACAAAUUGAAUACUCUUCAAAUAGCAUGAUAAUGAAAAGGUUAUCAUCUGCUUUGGUAUCAUUAAUGUCUACACCGCCUGAGAUGCAAUAUGUGGCCUUGAAGAAUAUUAGAAUUAUACUAGAAAAAUACCCUGAAUUAUUAACCAAGGAAUUGAGGAUAUUUUAUAUCAAGUUUACCGAUCCACUCUAUGUUAAGCUGGAAAAAAUCGACAUUCUUGUGAGAUUGGUUGAUCCCUCCAAUUUGAAGCAAUGUACUUUGUUAUUAACUGAGUUGAAAGAAUAUGCAAUGGAAUAUGAACCGGAGUUUGUCUCAAGAGCUAUUCAAGCUUUAUCUCAACUAGGUAUUAAAUAUGCACAAGAAUCAUUUGUUAGCAAAGUCUUGGAUAUACUCCUAGAAUUGUUAGAAAGACAGGAUACAAUAAAGGACGACUGCUGUAUAUCGUUAUGUGAUUUAUUGAGACAUUGUCCUGAAAACAAUGAAAUGGCCAAACAAGUCUGUGCAGUAUUCAACACAUGGUCCAAUCCAGAAGUUUUGUUACAAUCAGAUAUUGCCAAGUGUAAUUUCGUAUGGUUAUUGGGACAGCAUCCAAAUGAUUUUUCCAAUUUAGAGCCAAAGAUCAAUAUCUUCAUAGAAAAUUUUGUUCAAGAAGAAGCUUUGACACAAAUGUCUUUGUUAAUGACAGUUGUCAGAUUGCAUUCCACUUUAACGGGGAGCGCACUACAAAGUGUCUUGGAAUUGGCCACACAACAAACACAUGAAUUAGAUGUCCGAGAUAUGGCUAUGAUGUAUUGGAGAUGUCUUUCUAUGCCAAAUUCUGAGAAGCUUAUUAAUGAUUUAUGUCAAAGUAAACUCCCAAUGAUUUCAAAUACACUUGAUAAGUUCUCACCAGAAGUCUUAGAAAAAUUAUUGAUGGAAUUGGGUACCAUAAGUUCCAUCUAUUUCAAGCCUAACGCAGACAGGAGAAAAGGUAAAAAAUACGUCCAAAAUAUAGUCAAGGGGAAGCAUAUGGAGGAACUAGAAAGCAUGGCAAAAGAUGAAAUUGCCAACAAGGCAAAUGACGAUGUGCUACUAGAUUUCGAUGAUAGAAAUGAUGCGACGAAUACGAGCACAGGAAUGCUCAAUACUUCAAGCACAUUGGGCGAUUUAGACGACUUAUUCGAUUUCGGAUCUUCCGAGGAUACUCCACAAAUAAAUAAGGAUGGUUCCAAGACUGUUCAAGGGCUCAAUAGCUUGAAUUUGAACGACAACUUAAACACCAUGUCUACCAAUAAUAAAAACAACAAUGGAGUGUCGCAGGACCUACUUGACCUGUUUUGA